CUAGCCUGGGCAACAAAGUGAGACUCUGUCUCAAAAAAAAAAAAAAAAAGAAUCCUUUCAUGCUCUAGUACUGUAGGGUGUGAAAAAAAAAGAAUCCUGGGAGAGGUUGGCUAUGGCAGACCGCUGCCUCUCGGUGGGUCUCACAGUGUUGGCUGAGUGCCAGCGGUGUGCUCUUGGUUGCCUCAGUUUUCGGAACUGAUAGUUGGGGCUAGGGAGUGGGUUUGAGCCUCACAGCGUUGUCCCAACGCCUCUGCCCCCUUCUAGAGAUAGAGGACAGGGUCAGCACCAUGGACAGCCCCACGGUCCCGCCUCUCUUACAUGUGCCAUGGAAUAAGAGACCCAGGACUAGUCUGGUGUUGGGGGACAGGCCCUAGGCACUAAUGGCUGUUCUAAGCGGGGCAGAGGGCUCUCGUGGGUCCCGGAACAAGCUCAACGCCCUAGCCGGCUUCUUGCUUUCCUGAGUCCAAUGCUGCUUCCAGCGCUAGCUCCAGGGACACGAAGUCUAGUGUCCGGAGGUGCGCUCCUCCGAGGGCUUGCAAGCCGCCAGACUCAUUGCUUCUACAAUCAUAGCAUGUUCUUCGCUGACGUCAGUCGGAGCUGCCCUGGCGCUAUAUAAGGCUGGUGACAGUCCCGGGACAGACCCCGUGUUCCCCAAGCCGCCCUCAGCCCGCCCCGAGGGACAGAGAUUGGAGCUCCGUCUUGCGCCGUGCAGGCGCUCUCCGACAACCUGUGAGUGGCUCAGAGCGUUCGCCCAGACUCCCUCGGUACCAGGACUCUGCGCAGCUCACCCACUGCGACCUGCCCGGAGGGACGGGCCGGCGGCACCAUGAGGCAGGCGGGGCGUGCGGCGCUGCUGGCGGCGCUGCUGCUCCUGGCACAGCUGCGCUCCGGGAGCAGCCAGUGGAGCCCGGAGGCUGCAGCGGCAGCAGCCGGGGUCCAGGACCCGAGUCUGCGAUGGAGCCCCCGGGCGCGGACCCAGGGCGGCGGGGCCCGCGCGCUCUUGUUGCUGCUGGCGGAGCGCUUCCCGCGCCGCGGCGGGCCGGGCGGAUGGGGAUCCGCGACCACAGGCGAGCGGCCGCGACGGAACAACCCUCCACUGUCCAUUGACCUCACUUUCCACCUGCUGAGGACCCUGCUGGAGCUGUCGCGAACGCAGAGCCAGAGGGAGCGCGCCGAGCAGAACCGCAUCAUAUUCGACUCAGUGGGCAAGUGAUCCGCCCGGUUUGGGACCACGAAAACUUUGACCCCUUCUCCUACCCCGGGGCUGGGACACGAGCUACUGGAACUGAUCCAGUCCCGCGGGCAGAGCGGCCCAGGGACACCCUGAGCCGCUCUGCGUGGCUAUUUUUUAAUAAAAGUGCUGAAGAGC